AUGCCUGCAUCGUGCUGCAGGCAAACCAUUAUUAUCUUUGAUUGGGAUGACACCCUUUGCCCAUCCAGUUGGAUCCGCGCGAACAAGAAGGUCUUAAGCUUCUUCAAGCCUGCACCCACCACCGAGAAGUAUCAGAAGCCGCUGAGGGAGUUGCAGGCUGCGGUGGAGGUUCUCUUGAAGAUGUCCAUGAAGCUGGGGACUGUGGUGAUCGUGACCAAUGCCAUGGAUCCUUGGGUGGAAACCUCCUGCCGGAACUUUCUUCCCUCCUUAUUGCCCUUGGUGAGCACCUUACCCGUGAUCUACGCCCGAUCCAUCUUCGAGCAGCAAGGGGUCGAUAUGGCCCGCAGCCCAUCGGGCAGCGGCCCCACCCGCGCCAUGCCCGGGAUGUACGCCGCCAAUGGGCAGAAUCGCUUGGAGCAAGUGAACGCACGGAUGGCCCAGCAACAAAGGACCGAACAGAUUUCUCCCCAGAAGUGGAAGGAGGUUGCCUUUGCACAAGAGAUUAAAGACUUCUACUCCCGCUACCAGCAUCAAAGCUGGAAGAACGUCAUCAGCGUGGGGGACAGCGUCUUCGAGCGCGACGCGGUUCGCCGCGUGGUCUUGCAACGACCGACACCACAAAAGAAGUGUCGCACCAAGACGUUGAAGCUCUUCGAUGAUCCAGAAAUUGAUGAGUUGGUCGCCCAGGUGAAGGUGGUCUAUGAUGUCAUCAAUGUGAUGGUGCAAUAUGAUGGUGACUUGGACAUCGAGAUCGACGAGGAGGAUUUGAAGAUGGAUGGACCUUUGUUGGAGAAGCUUCGUGAGUAAAUUCGACCAGGCUAAAAGAGCCUUACACAUGUGGAAAGCUGCAGUCCUUUUCGGAGUCACAAAU